AUGGGAGACCCGGAAAGGCCGGAAGCGGCCAGGCCCCAGCAGGAGGAAAGGUUAUCUUCAGAUACCAACGAAAAUGAAGCAAAGUCAAAUGAAGAGCCACUCCUAAGAAAGAGUUCUCGCCGAUUUGUCAUCUUUCCAAUCCAGUACCCUGACAUUUGGAAAAUGUAUAAACAGGCACAGGCAUCCUUCUGGACAGCAGAAGAGGUUGAUUUAUCAAAAGAUCUCCCUCACUGGAACAAGCUUAAAUCAGAAGAGAAGUAUUUUAUCUCUCACAUCUUAGCCUUUUUUGCAGCCAGUGAUGGAAUUGUGAAUGAAAAUUUGGUGGAGCGCUUUAGUCAGGAGGUGCAGGUUCCAGAGGCUCGCUGUUUCUAUGGCUUUCAAAUUCUCAUCGAAAAUGUUCACUCAGAGAUGUACAGUUUGCUAAUAGACACUUACAUCAGAGAUCCUAAGAAAAGGGAAUUUUUAUUUAAUGCAAUUGAAACAAUGCCAUAUGUUAAGAAAAAAGCAGAUUGGGCCUUGCGAUGGAUAGCAGAUAGAAAAUCUACUUUUGGGGAAAGGGUGGUGGCCUUUGCUGCUGUAGAAGGAAUUUUCUUCUCGGGAUCUUUUGCUGCUAUAUUCUGGCUAAAGAAAAGAGGACUUAUGCCUGGACUUACUUUUUCCAAUGAACUCAUCAGCAGAGAUGAAGGGCUUCACUGUGACUUUGCUUGCCUGAUGUUUCAAUACUUAGUAAAUAAGCCUUCAGAAGAAAGGGUUAGGGAGAUCAUUGUUAAUGCUGUUGAAAUUGAGCAGGAGUUUUUAACAGAAGCCUUGCCAGUUGGCCUCAUCGGAAUGAAUUGUGUUUUGAUGAAACAGUAUAUUGAAUUUGUAGCUGACAGAUUGCUUUCAGAACUUGGAUUCUCAAAGGUUUUUCAAGCAGAAAAUCCCUUUGAUUUUAUGGAAAACAUUUCUUUAGAGGGGAAAACAAAUUUCUUUGAGAAACGAGUUUCAGAGUAUCAACGUUUUGCAGUUAUGGCGGAAACUACAGAUAAUGUCUUCACCUUAGAUGCUGAUUUUUAAAACCCUCCCCAUACAUAUCUAAACUUAUCAUUGGUAAAUAGCAGUCUAUUUUUCUCUGCUUAAAAAAAAAACAACCUAAAACAUCUUCUUUAGGGCACAGGAGUUUGCUCAAAAGGAAAUCCAAAACCAAAUAUCAAUCAAGUUGGAUUUAUAGAAAUAUGCUUUAAUCUUCCUGUUUAACAGUCAGAGUAUGACCUCUAAAUGCUUUUGUUUCAUCACUAAAAUAAAAGAUGGCAUGAUAUUUGUUAAGAGCAUGGCGUGAGGGGUCAGAUAAGGGUUUGAGAUUCUGUCCUACUUUGUGUGACCCUUGGUAAAUCAGUUAAUCUCUCUAAACCUCAGUGUACUUUAAAAGGAAUGUAAUAGUAGGUCCUAAAUUCAUAAAGUGUGUAUGAG